AUUAAAAUGGGCUAAAAGGGACACCAAAGCAAGGCCCAUAUAUUUUGUGGCGUAGAGAGGGAGGGAAUUCGAAAACAGAUGAUAGCGGCAAACGCAGAGUAGCUUGAAGAAAUCCGUUGCUCAUUCUCUUCUCCGAUCGUUUUUUUCUUCGCAUCCCAAGGUCUCUCAGUUACAGAAGAUGGAGAAAACGCCGUUCGUUCUCUGUUUCUCAGUUUCUCGGAAUCAAAUUCCAGAUUACAAUCCGGACGAAGCGAAUUGGAGUGAGAAAAUUCUGGAUCAUGUGGGUGAUUUCAAAAGUCUGGAAGAAGUGGUGUCUAAGCUGACAGAGAAUCUGAAUCUGACCGAGUCUCAGAUUGCGAGUAUUUGGAAGUCAUUGAUUAAGGCAGAAGAAGAAGCUCAACAAGUUCCACCACCACCACCACCACCGAGUGCUGCAGAUGUAAGUAGUAAAUCAACGAGGAAGAAGAUGAAGAAACAAGCCUCUAAGCUGCAGACACAAUCCCAACUACUUGAUCCUGCUGAUGUUGAAGCAAUCGAAUCGAUGAAGAAGGAGAUUUCAACUACUAUGGACUUGUUGAAAAUCGUACUACAGCUACACAAAGUUUUAUUCCCUACAAGAGUUGGAGCUGGGCAAGUGAGACUUGCAGCUGGGAACAACAUCAGUGGACAAGUGAGAGCUUCUGCUGGGAACAUCAUCAGUGGGCAAGUGAGAGCUGCAGCUGGGAACAAUAUCAGUGGACAAGUGAGAGCUGGGAAUAUCAUCAGUGAACAAGCAGGGCUAAGGAAGCAUGUAGGAAACCGAUGGGAAUGAAGGAGCCAGUGACGCUUUGGAGAUUUGACUCGAAUCUCAGCUUGUGUUAUAGCGAGAUACUUGUUGAUAAGGAAAUAGUGAACAACACCCCUCCAUAUAUAUUCUUUAUAUAUUGAGGAAUAUAUUAAGCUUAGCACCAAAAUGCUUUCUCUAGUCUAUCCGGUACAGAGAUGGAGUUUCUUGCUAGUAAAAAUGUUCUUCAAGGAAACAAAGCAACACAGCCCCAAAAAUGUUUUAAGAAAGGAAAAACGAGCAUUUACCCUACAAAUCAG